GCUGCUAUUUUCAGCAUCUUGUUGUGUGGCACUACCCGCUAGGAUCACAAUCAGUCACCGCGACCAGUCUUCUCUACACUUCAGAUGGCGAUGGCGAAAGUAGAGAACAAAAAGAAAAUGGGUUUCUUUCGCAAACUGAUUAAAGGAUUAAGCAAAGAGAAUUUGAGGGAGCAUGUUUCGCAGGAGAGUAUCGCACAGGAAUCGAAUGUUAGUUCGGAUGACUUUGAAGCGUUUGACAGUCGUGGAAGGUCACUGUCCAAUCUCAGCAAUUUAGGAUCACCGACAAAAGUCAAUCCUGAUUUGCUAAGAGGAUCGUUUGAAUGGGGAGUGUUUUAUCUCGGCACGAUUCCAAAUGUGGCUGAUUGGCGCACAUCUCCUACAAGGACAAAGUUUAUGGAAAUGAUUGAUGAUGCUGUUGAAGACUGCUGUCUAACUUUCUCCUCUCAACCGUUAAGUCUCCUUAGUAUUUCUCCUCUGUGGAUGCAUAUAACUGACAUGAAACGAAAGAUUCUCUUCACUCAUUAUGAAGUAAAGAGUAUUGGAAGUUUGAGUUAUGUUGAAGAUGAAGGACGUCAUCUCUUGGGGAUAAGGGCAAGGACGAUGUUUGGAGGAAGCAGCUAUGAGUGUAUUGUACUUGACUGUAGAAGUGAGGUUGCAGCAAGACAUAUCGGUGGCACUCUUAACAACAUGUUUGAAUUGAUGCAUUUCCAAGCUCAGUCUGAGAGAAGAGCCAUGCGUGGUGCUAUGCGCUCAGCACCAUCACUUGGUUAUCGUGAAAGCAGCAGGUCUCCUGCACCUGAAAUGAGAAGAACAUCAAACCAAGAAAACAGCAUCAACUCUGACGAGCAGAAAGGCCAUAGCAGAAUCCGAAUCAUCAGAGCAGUUUCUCCACGACAACAAACAAGGAACCAAAGAGUUCAAGAUAUGCCACCAACAGUUGAAGAGAAGGAAGAAGAAGAAAACCCAACGACAGAAGAGGCACUUGAGGAAGAACAACAAGCCGAAGCAAAACAAGAAGAAAACAGAGACGAAGAUACACAGAGAGAGGAGAGACCGAGUGAAACAAACGAAGAUCAAGAAACACAAGAAGAAACUAUCACUCAAUCUGAUGAGAACGUGACACAAGAGACGGCACCAGACAUAGAGCCACAAGACAGACCAGCAAGCGAAGAGACUGUAGACGAUGAUACGUCAGACGUGACGUCUCCUACUCAUACAGAAUCGGAAGCUCAACAUGCAACAGCUGGAGACGACAAGUCAUCGAGUGCAGCAGUCGUCCCCUCCGUAUCAGAGCAAACAGACCAACUUGCUGCUCUACUGGCAUCCAUGGUCGAAAUGGGAGAUCAACAAUCACAACCAUCUGAUGCCACACACAUUAUGUCUCCACCGCCGCUGCCACCGCCGCCGCCGCCGCCACCUCCACCUGCACAGUCAGAUUCCUUGCUUGUUAGUGAUGCAGUCUCGGCUCCUCUGGCUCCAUUGCCUCCUCCUUUAUCUUCACCUCCUGCGGCUCCUAUUCCACCUCCUCAUGGGUCACCAUCGUCGACUCCAUCUCCAUCAUCGUCUGACCAAAGUAGUGACAUUACAACUUCACCUGCAACGAUAGUCACAGAGUCGGCAGAUGAGACAAGCACAACAGAAACAACAGAGACACCUGCAACUGCACAGCUGCCGCCGCCGCCACCACCACCACCAGCAGCAGCAUCAGCACAGGCAUCACAACCACCUCCACUGUCCCUUCCAGCUGUUGCAAGUGAAACAGAGGCAACAGGUGCACAGGUCGAUGAGCAGGAAACCGAAUCACCAGAGCCGGAUUUGGACCUGCCUGAGCGGAGGGUGAGAGAGCUAGCACAAGAGGCCUUCAUGGAAACCGUGAAGGAGGUAGCUGGUGGGAUUGCAUUCAGUGAGUUCCAGACGAUGAUGGAGGGAUAUAAGAAGGGACAUUCUGAUUACUCGGUUGCGGCAGUUAGUCGAAGAAUUAAAGUUCUGUUUAGAGGAGCCAAGGAGCAUCUUCGAGAAGGGGUAAGAGUACUGAUUAAACCAGAAGAACUUCUGAUAUUUGAAGAGAAAGUCGGCAUCAAGGCUCCUCCUCCCGACUUCCAAAAGUUGGCUAGAGAAGGCUUGAAAUUACAAGAGCAGAAGAAACUCACAGCUAAAUCAUCAAUUUCUCAAUCUCCCAGGAAAUCCUUCAAGACAUUUCAGCCACAGCCAUCUCCCAAACCAACGACUAAAGUGACAACAAAAUCACCAACAAAAGUGACAACAAAAUCACCAGCAAAAGCAUGGAGACAAGAGAAACUCUCUCCUCCUCCUCCUCCUGUGACUUCAACAUCGUCAUCAUUCAAGCCAACCUCUAAGGUUACAAAUGUUGCAAGCAAGCCACAAGUCAAUUCAUUUGUAAUGGACACCAGCUUCCUCGAUGAUGAACUAUCAGCACUUGAUGAUGUUCUGAAAGGUAUUGGUGAUGAUUUGUUGGACAUCGAGAACACGACAUCUCCUCCUGUAUCUUCACCAGGAACUUCAAUACCCCUUCCACCUCCCCCACCAGGAAGUGUCAUACCUGCCCCACCUCCCCCACCAGGAUCUUCAAUACCUCCCCCUCCACCCCCACCAGGAAGUGCUGUACCUCCCCCUCCUCCUCCUCCUCCUCCCUCACAAAAAGGUCCACACACUCCAUAUGCAAAGAAUGUGCUAAAAAGUCAACCCAAAAAGACAAGCAGUGAUGGUCGUGGUGAUCUCCUAUCACAGAUAAAAGAAGGGUUUGUAUUGACGAAAUCAUCAAGUGAACUCAAGUUAGACUCUCUUGGUCCUCCACCUUCAUUUUCACCAGCUGCUCCUCAUCAAUCAUCUCCUAAUCAACUUCUCCCUCGUCCUGCUCAACUAGCUAGCAAGGCAUCCCCCAAGAAACGACCAACAGCAGAACCAGGAAGAUUCCAAGGCAUUAAGUCAAUCAUAAAGAAGGAUAAUGAUGAUGGAGUGCCAGACUGGAAGAAACGUGUGGUGGCAGGACGACAAGCAAAAGUUCAAGCAAACAAAGAGAAGAAAGAGGAGGAAGAGAGGCGACAACAGGAGAUGUUUGAGGGUGUGCCUGAAUGGAAAAAGAAAUUGAUGGACAAAAAACGAGCAGAAGUAGAAGAGAAGAUGAAACCACAAAGAGAGAAAGAACGUCAAGAACAAGAGCUGAGGGAUGCACUAGCGGCGAUGCCACCAUGGAAACAAGAAUUAUUCAAGAAGAAGAACAUGAUAUAAACUUGGUUGUCACGUCACUAACUAAUUUAGUUUCAUUGAUAUUAAUUUAGUGUUUUUGAGGAGUCCAUUUGAAUUGUCCUUUCUUGAGACGAAGACGUUUGAGAGUUUUUCUCUGUUUGAGUUUCUUUCGGGAUAAACUUCCAAAUUGUUUUCUCACAA